GUAAACAUGAAUCACUGGAGCAAAGACAGCAACGCAAGAAUCGAUACUCUGAUGAGGGCGCACGAAAGAAAUGACCAUGAAAUAAAAAGAUACACAAGUGAAAGGCAGUUACUGGAGCAAGAUCACUACCGUUCUAUGUAUUUGAUCAACAGGAGAAUACGAGACAUCAAGACGACAUUGAGGAAUAUAGAAACAAUUAGUGGGUAUUGCCACCAAAUGACAGUGGUAAACACACAAUCAAGCAUGCGUCUGAACCACACUACAGGAAAUGUAAACAUGAGGCGAUGGACAGGGGCCAGUUCAAGAGGAGCACGUGGCAACACUUUGACAGAUGGUACAGUUGGUUUUAAAGUUUCCUCUUCGACCUCGUCUUUUACACACUCGGACUCCAAGCGACCAUUCAGCGUAGACCUACCUGUGAUACAGAAAUGUCAUAAACUAACUGAUUUCCUCUACGAUUUCUCAAGCCUAUCUAUUUCCAAGGAAGUUCAUUCCAAAUCGGCAGUGCCGUUGAAAUACGACAGUGCGACAAGGUGGAAUGUGGAGAAAUACUCUUCUAAGUUGUUCUUAGGGGUGCCCAUGACAAGUCCUAUUGUUGGCACCAGCCGUUGCACCCGUCUCAAAGAAGCAAUGUCGAAGACUGCAAUCCAAGAGGGUCUGAAAGCGCUCAUCCACGAGUACAAUAUACCCCAGAGAAUGUUUCUAGAAAAGGAAAAGCAAGGAAAAGCUUUACAUAAAAAAGUUAAUGUUUUUAUCGAAAGAAUGUAGACACUGUUUUAAUUAAAGGAUGUGCGUAAGACAAUACAUUUAUUUUCGUCGUUAAAUAGUUAUAGGCCUAUAUUAAACUACUAAUUCUUACAGAUCUACCUUUUAUACCUAUUUAAAUGCAACUGAACGCUUCAUAGUAUGGGUCAUAGUGCGCACAGUUUGAACGUUCUUCAUUACGUGUUAGUUUUGCCAAUGUAACAAUGGUAACAAUGUUAUUCCAAAACCUUUCCAAAAGCAUGGCAGAAACGUGAAACGGGAGUGUCCGACCACAACAAUGUCGGACAGCGAAGAUGACAAUCAUCACGAUUGCAACGUUUUUCUCAAUUUGGUUGCGCGCGUAAGUCGGAAACCACUUUACAGGUUUCCCGGACAAUGGGGCCAAGAGACAUAUGAGCCUCGCAUCUAUAAAACGUUGGGAACAAUCCUGCGCAAUGCAACAUCAGAGGAAUUUGAUUCAUUCAUAGUAGAUUUCAUAAAUUUCGCUAAAACCGCACAUGCCCGAUUGGAGCCCGAGUUCUACAUGGAAUUCAUAAACGUGUGCACCAACACCAUCCUCCACUGGGUCUUCGCGCGCAGAGGCAGCGCAGAAAUAGUCAGGAAAUUGAUGGAGAGGACGUCACCGUAUCUUCAGGACCAGACAAACAACCUGGCCAUUGCAUGGAGGCGCUUCACGCCCAUUUACAGCCCCAGUACAGUGGGUGGUGUGACUCCCCUCAUGUUCGUGGCGCAGAACCGCCAGUAUGACGUGCUGAAGGUUCUACUGCAGUACGGUAUGCUGGAGCGCGAGCGGCGACCCACCUAUGUCAUCAUCUCCAUCCUGUUCAACCCACCACGCCUGGAAGUGUUGGAUGAGAGAUGCCUCACCACAGUCACCACAGAGCUGGAGGACUGCAUGGAGCUGUGCUUCCGGGUGGUCACCUAUGUCUGUAUGGCAGACAUUGAGAUGCAGGUGGUGUACGGGCGCAAGGCCCUGAUCGAAGACUGGAAGAAGCACAUCCCCCUGACGCGCUACCAGGAGCCGUGUGAGCUGAGCCACCUGUGCAGGGUGGCGGUGAGGGCCUGCCUGCUGCAGAGGGGCCGGCUCCCCGACGGCAUCAGGGCCCUGCCUCUGCCCGCGCCUCUCCGCAACUACCUCAACCUGGACAACUGAACAUAGCACAACCGCCAACCCCUCCAGCCCACCGCACCAGAACUGGGUUUGAAACCGGUUGAAAGGGGGGGGUCGCACUCUGCUGACUCACUAUUCAUCUGUCAAUAAAGCAUCUGAGCAGA